UCCAUUUCCCUCAAAUGAAAACCUAACCCGAAAGUCCAAAUCCUCACACUAUACUACUCCCGCAGCCACACUACUAAACCGCCUCCAAAUAUGAUAUUUUCUCUAAUAUCUCAUUCUUCUAUGGCUCUCUAAUCGAUCUAUACACUGUUAUUUCUACACCCAAAUAUGGAGUAUUUAACUAAAAGAUCCCGUAAAUUAAAAAUGGAGGAAACAAGGCCAGGUAACACUAGGAAGAGGAAUACAGCGUGGGUAGAAAUCGAAAGGUCAAUGCAAUUGCAAUUUCAAUUGAAGAAGAAGAUGAUGACGCAGAAGAAGAAUCUAGAAAAAAGAAUAUUUGUACGAGUAGUAGAAUUAUAGAAUUAGGAAAUGGAAGCCAGGUGGUAUAUUAUCCAAGCAUCUUAGAUUAUAAUGAAGCUUGGUAAUUAUUUGAUUACCUCAACAAUCAAAUUACAUGUACUCGCCCAACAAUCCGAGUUUUUGGUCACUCGUGCGUCCAGUUUUUAUUGUGGAAAACAACAAUUCAUUCAACAUUUGGUCAAUUCUCGAGAAAGAGAAGUUGAACGGGAAAAACUUCCUUGACUGGCAAAGGAACUUGCAAAUAACUCAAAUGCAGGAAGGAAAGGAGUAUGUCCUGGAAGAGUUGAUGCCCGAUGCCAUUGAUGGGGUCACUCAGGUUGCCCUAAAUCGUUGGGUUGAAGCCAACAAGGAUGUCUAAUGCUUGCUACCAUGAGUGGAGAUAUACAGAAAACGUUCAUCAAAUCAGAUGCUUUCACAAUCAUCAGUGAGUUGAAGAACAUGUUCCAAGAUUUGGCUCAAAUCUAAAGCUACGAGACUCAUAGGAAAAUUCUUGACACCAAACUCAAGAAGGGUGAGCCCGUAAGUCCACAUGUUCUCAAGAUGAUUGGAUUAAUUGAGAAUAUGAGUAGUGUUCUGGGGUUUUUCCGGUGAGAUAACCUGGAGGUUUUCCGGUAACUGAGAACUUAACAAGAAUGUAUUUUUAUAGAGAGAGAAAGUAGAGAGAAGGCAGAGCAGCAAUUGCCCUUGAUUAUAUUGAUUGUGACCCCUUUUUCUAGGGAAGUGGGACUAUUUAUAGUACUAGGUUUUUGUGGGAAUAACCUAAUAUUCCCCUUACAUGAUUGGCUAAGGUAUGGGAGGAGGACACGUGUCCUUCAUUCUUACAGUUUACUGGCCCCUUUUGGCAAUAGUGGGCUAUUUGGGCCUAUUGUGCUUUUUUAUACUCCUUAGGAUACUUACUACUUAAGCCCCUUUUCAGGUAUAGGUACAUUACAUACAUUCAUACACACUUAAAUACAAAUACAUAUACAUUGUAGAUACGUAGAUUGAUACCCAUGCUCCGGAGUAGACUUCGUACGGUUUUUUCUUACGGGGCGUAAUACGUGCCAUGUGUCACAUCCUCAUUGGUACACGAAGGCACGGUAAUUUUGCCCACAACAUUUGCCCCUCGAGAAGGGCAUUUCUGGAAGCAACUUUCCGGAUAUCGCUUCUUGACCUUUGAUUUGCAGCUUCGCCUUUGGGACAAGUGUUGAGAUGGUGACACGUGUCACUUUUCUCCUUUUUGCCCUUCCCUAUAUAUAGGGGGAGGGGUAAAUUUUAUUUAUUACAUUUCAUUUUCACAGAGCUGUCUCACAGGCGAUUUCCGGCGAAUUUCCACCACCAGCAGGCGAUUUCCGGCCACCGCGAGACUCAGCUUGUUCUUCAUCAAACUCAACCUGUUCUUCGCGAAACUCAUCCGGUUUUUCACGAAACUCAUCCUGUUCUUUACCGAGUACUUCGUAGAUCUUUCAAGGUUAGUUUUCGCCUUUCUUUCUUGUUUUUGUUAUCCUCUUGUCAUUUUUCUCCUUGUUAGCGGCCGGCACCCUAGUACUAGGUAAGGGUUUGAUGGUUUUAAUUGAGAUUUUUCCGCCGCUCGUCUUUUGUCGGGACGGACGUCCAAUCGCGUCUUUUUCUUCAUUGUUGGUCACCCCUAAGCGUGCUUCGUUCACUAUGCAGAAGGCAUGGCUAGAACCAAGCAAAAGGCAGAUCCUACUCGCCUGCGCUUGCGGGAGGAAGCAUCCACACCCCCUAGGGAGAGAUAUUCUUCCACCGCCCCGGCAGCUGACGCAGAAUAUGCCGAUCUCUUUCAAGAGAUCGAUGAGUAUGUCGAGGCGGAGGAGGAACAAACGGCAAGCUCGUCAGGGGGUACAGCGAGCCAGGUAGUGGGGGAGUCGAGCGUCGCUCCAUUGCCAUCGGCCGCCGAGGAGCAAGAGGUUGCUCCCCAGCCCAUUAGGCCCAUAGGACGGGAAGAAGCCCAGCUGCUUCCGUCGGAGAUCCACCCAGACAUUGGCUGGAUGAGGUGGCUAGAUAGGCAUGGGGCCAAGAUGAGGGACGACCUCUGUGUGGGGGAAGGGUACCAGAUGCGCGUGCCGGCCGGUCUGGACUCAACCGUUAGCCUGCUUGCUGAGGGAGAAUUCCCAGUGUAUGCCGCGGCCAUUAAGCUUGGCAUGAGAUUCCCUCCACACCCCUUCGUCGUGGAGGUUCUGGAUGGUUUUAACAUUGGGGUGGCUCAGCUGACCCCCAACUCCUGGGCUGAUAUUUUUGGCUAUAUCGCCAAAUGUGCGCUGAACAACGUGGAGCCGUCGUUCAACGCCUUCCUGCAUCUGGUGUCUCUCUCCCGUUCCCCCAGUGCCGCCAAAGGGUGGUUUAAUCUGAGCAGCCGUGGUACAUACCAGAUAGUGGUCGGCAAGCUCAGCAAAUGGCACAUGUGGAGGAAGAGGUGGGUCGUGUUUUAUACGGACGACCAGGAAAUGUAUGAUAGGAUGAGCCGCUGGAAUCGCAAGGCCAAUUAUAUGGAUCGCGACGAGCCUCUUCCACCCCUUACUGCUGAGGAGUGGGAUCAAAUAAUGGUCCUGUUCAAGGCUAACACUCACCACCUAACCGUCGACAAGACCUUCCAUGUGCCGGCCGAGUGGUUGCCGCACAUUAGCCAGUUUCGGAAUGAGGCUUUUCUAGCGGCCGUAGGCCUAGGAUAUUCUAUGACCCGAGGUUGUAUGCCAAAUUGUGUGCCGUUCCGUGUUGGUCUAUUCUUAUUUUUAACUAUGCAAGCGAAGGACGCGGCUAAGGCGUCUGGGAAGAAAAAGGGGACGACUCUGUCCCAACUGAAAAAGAGAGCUGCGCCAGCUGACUCGAAGACUCCGAGUACCUUCAAGAAGCCCAGGCCCAAGCCCCGGCGUCUUGUGAAGAAGGACGAGUCACUGGCCGCCGAGGGGGGUCACCCUAAUGACGACGAGCUUGGCGUGGAAAAGCCGUCUUCGGUUGUGGACUUGGUGUCCAGAUCAAAGUCUGGUGGACACCCUGACGAGCCGGAGGAUCCUUUCUCCGGAAUUCCAGCCAAUGUUCGGUCUCAAAUCCCUGCGGAGGUGGCCCGCCGAGCUAGGUCAUCAGGGGCUAAGGACAAGGGAAAGGAAGCAGCUGUGGCAGUGGACGAGGAUAUUCCCGCUACUUCUCAAUAUUCGGCAAGAGAUAGGGCGACGAUAUAUCGCAAGGUUUUUAAGGCCGUCCCUGCGGAGUACGUUGCUUCUCUUCCUGGCCGUAAGACCGACACCCAGUUUGGUGCAAUCCAGGCCACUCUACUCGACUUGUUCUGCCGCAUGGAAUUCUGCAAGAGUUGGAAGACCCGCACUGCUAAGGAGCUCAAAGCUCAAGUGGCCGAGUCCACCCAUCAUUGCGAUUAUGCUUUCAAAUCAAUUGAAGAGGUCCGCUUGCAGAUGCAGACGACCAUAGACCUUCGGGCGAAGGAGGUGGCUUCGUUACGGUCUGAUAAGGCCGAGCUGCUAAAGAAGGUCUUGGCGCAGGACAAGGAUAUGGUGGCGAUGGUCGAGGAGGCCAAGGCGGCAGUGGCAGAAAUACGGACGCUUCAGGACCAGCUGCGGGAGUACCCCCAAGUCAAAGAGGCGGCUGAGGAAGCCGAGCAACUUCGGGGGGAACUGGAGACUGCCAGGUCGCAGGUUCGCACCUUGCGCGAGCGUCUUCUCGAGUCCUACGAUCAGGGGGAGCAGGCGGCGAAGGACGCUGUUAAGCAUGCCUGGGAGAGCCACAUGCUGGAGUAUGACCUCGCGUGGUUCCAGCGGUGAUUAGAACACAGUGCUGUUGUGUUGGCUGCUGAGCAUCUCGGCCAGCCGCCCCCUGAGUUUGUACCCUCCGAUGAUGAGGACGAUGCGGCUGCUCCCUGAUUUGCUUCCUUCUGCAUUAUAAAAUUUUUAUUUAAGUGUUCUCAUGCCUAAGGGAAAAAACAAUUAUUUUGUUAUGUUUUGGCGCCGCUGACGUCUGUACUAUUGUGCCUGCUGAGCACUCAACAAUUUGUUU